CUUUCUUGGCAGAACGUCGGGAUUGCAGCCACACUUCUCGGCUUCAAUGUGCUUUUGUCUCUGUGGCUGGGUCUGGGUCUGAGCACUAGCCUGAUUGUGGCGGCAGUGCGCUGUGUGGUGCAGCUGACGGUGCUAGGCAUGGUUCUGAAGCAGAUAUUCCUGACGCAGAACCCGGUGUAUAUUUUCGGGAUGACGCUAGUGCUGGGUGUGCUGGCGGCGUUCGAGGUCACAUAUUGGCGGUCAAAGCGGCGGUUCCCGUGGAUGUUCCACGGGACGCUGGCGGCGAUCAUGGGCAGCGCCUUGAUGGUUGCGCUGUUCGGCAACGCAUACUCGCUGAACAUGAGUCCAGCGUACACGGCGACCAAGUUCAUCCCGACGAUCGGCAUGCUGUUCGGUAACUGCAUGAUCGGAGUAUCGAUUGGCAUGGGGUCGGUGAUGGACUCGCUGGACACGCAUCGGGACCGGGUCGAGGCGAUGCUGUGCUACGGGGCGACGCGGUGGGAGGUUACGCAGCCAGUGGUCGUGGAGGCGCUGCGGACAGCACUGCUGCCGACAAUAACGAACAUGAGCAUUACGGGCCUGAUCUCGAUCCCUGGGGUGAUGACCGGGUGGAUCCUGGGUGGAGCCGAUGUGCUGCAGGCGGCACGGUACCAGCAGAUCAUCCUGUUUAUGAUCAGCGCAUCGACGGCCAGCAGCACGCUGUUUGCGGUGGUGUUUUGCGCGUUCACGCUGGUUGACGGGUCGCCGAAACUGCGGCUCGACCGGCUCAUAUUUAGGAAG